UCAAACCUCAAGUUUUCUGAAAAACUAUCCGGAAAGAUGAAGUUACUAGAUUGGAUGCAUCGUAAGUUCCGCCAAAACAGCGGCGAUCCGCUAAAGGAUUUUGCCAUUGGGCAGACGUCGCUCGACGAUCCUCAAUGCCACCAGAAGCCAAACUAUGGCACCAAAAUCUUCAAACAACCCCCAAAAGAUCACUACCUUCGGAGAUCUUUCACUGGUCAAGAGGAAGCAAGAGUACUAGAAGAAGAAGAAUUAGAAUACGAAGAAGAAUCAUCUGCAGCAAUAUCUCAUGAGCUCUUCCAUGGCUUUCUUGCAAUUGGUACCCUUGGUACAGACCAAGUCAUGAAUGAACUUUCCACACCAAAGUUUUCAAUCUCUAUUGAGAAUAUAACUGAAAACGAAACAGAAGUGACAGAGAACGAUCUGAAGCUCAUCAACGAUGAGUUGGAAAAGGUGUUGGGAGCUGAAGUUAAGGACGAUGGCUGCAAUUAUUCAUCUGGGAGAAGCAGCCAUGUCAGCGCUGGAAGAAGUAGUCAUGGUAGCAGCAUAACACUUGGUGGUAAGCAAAUGGAAGGUCCAGAGACAAAUGGGAAUGGAACUACAGUCUGCCCACUCCAAGGAUAUCUGUUUGGGUCAGCAAUUGAAUUGUCAGAAACAGCAGCAGCAACAACAACGGUAGUGGCAAAGAAGGAACAUAGAACAUCUCUUGGUGAGCUGUUUCAGAUGAGUAAAACAGCGGAGGAGAAUCCUGGAACAAAGUGCGACAGGGAGGAUAGGCGAACAGAAAAGGAAGCAGUUAAAUCUACCAUGCACCUGAUGAAAAAACUGCUGAAGAAAAAAAUGCUUCAUGCUUCUUCUCGGAGCUCUACAGCAGCUGCUGGUGGGCCUCUUGAUUCUGCUUCAGCAGAGAAAAAAGUGCAUAAGAUCCUCCAAAUGUUCCACAGGAAAGUUCACCCUGAAAACUCAACAGCAAUCCAAAAGCCUACUAAGACCAAAAAGACUGAGACCAAGAAGAAAGUAAUCAUGUGUAACGGGGACGGCGACAGUACUGGAGAUCAUCAGGUGCCCCCAGAAGAAGAAAUAAUGUUGUAUCCUAAAACAUCCCUUUCAAAGAACAGCAUUAUACGGCGCUACAAGAGCCAAUCUAACCUGCAGCAGUUCACGGUACUCAACAGCAGCGAUUCAAAUGGGAACAGGGAGCACUGGAUCAAAACGGAUGCAGAUUACCUAGUGCUGGAGCUCUAAAAGGCAGAAGCAGCAAUUAAGUUGGCACUUGGCAGUGACAUGAUCGUCUAGUGUUGUAAGAUUCUACUUGGUGACGAUGGCUGCUAAUGGC